CACACCGGGAUGACGUCAUAGUUGUGCGCCAGUGAUCAUACCGGUCACAGUAAAAAUGGCGUCGGUCUCGGAGCUGUACGAUGUUACUUGGGAAGAAAUGCGUGACAAACUGCGAAAGUGGCGAGAGGAGAAUUACAGGAAUAGUGAGCAAAUAGUGGACGUGGGCGAGGAACUCAUCAAUGAACACUCGUCAAAGCUUGGAGAUGACAUUUGGAUCAUUUAUGAGCAGGUGAUGAUCGCAGCGCUGGACUGCAGUCGGGAUGAUUUGGCCUGGAGUUGCCUACAGGAGCUGAAGAGGCAGUUUCCAGACAGUCACAGAGUAACGCGAUUAGCGGGCAUGCGGCUCGAGGCCCUAGAGAGGUAUGAUGAUGCCAACAAGUUGUACGAUUCAAUACUGCAAGACGAUCCUACUAAUACGGCAGCGAGGAAGCGCAAGAUCGCUAUUCUACGAGCGCAGGGCAAGAGCACUGAAGCCAUUCGGGCGCUCAAUGAAUAUCUGGACCAGUUUGUGGGAGACCAGGAAGCAUGGCAUGAGCUGUCAGAACUCUACAUCAACGAACACGAUUAUGCCAAAGCAGCUUUUUGUCUGGAGGAGCUGAUGAUGACCAACCCACACAAUCACCUGUACUGUGAGCAGUAUGCAGAGGUGAAAUACACUCAGGGCGGCCCGGACAACCUGGAGCUGGCUAGGAAGUAUUUUGCGCAGGCACUCAAGCUGAACAACAGAAACAUGAGGGCCUUGUUUGGCCUCUAUAUGUCAGCAAGUCACAUAGCCAGCAGCCCUAAAGUGAGCGCAAAGGUUAAAAAAGACAACGUGAAGUACGCUGCCUGGGCUGCCACUCAGAUCAACAGAGCCUAUCAGCUCGCUGGCCGUGGGAAGAAGGAAAACAAGUGUUCGAUGAAGGCAGUAGAGGAGAUGUUGGAGUCCAUGCAGAUCACCAUGUCCUAAGCCUCAAUUCUCUUCUCCUUAGCCUCGGUCACCACAACAGCAUGGCAGCGCUCCCUGCACACUGCAGCCCAGCACCACCCACAAAGCAGAGCGGCGUGGACCACCCUGGCCGCCCCCACCACAUUCUCACACUCACUUGUGUUUUGCUUUUUGUUUUCUUUUUUUUUCCCACCCCUACAGUCCUUACUUGUCCAACAGUCCAGUUUUCAAGGCCCCCUAUUCCACAUAUUAAUUUUGUUAUAAAUCUGCCUGAAAGGACAUGAACUGCCGAAAAAUAACAUGCGCAGGUGUAUAUAGGUGGUAUGCUAAUACAUGAGCAGUGUCUGGGUGUGCUAUUAAUGUUUUUGACAGCACAUGUAGAUGAUUUAAUAUAAGAUCAGGUGUGCUAAUGUUAAAAAAGACUGUGAAUGAUGUGUAUAGAAAGAGCAGGUGUGGUUUAGAUGAGUAGAUGAAAAUGAGUAUGCACUCUGCCAUUUGUAAUAUGACUUGUGUCCAUUUUGGUUGCCUGUCCUUCUAAUAAAAAAUCGUCACUAUUUGAA